UAAUAAAAAUUCAAGAAAGGAUAAAGCGAAAUUGGCAGCUCCAAAGACACUGUUGUGUAAGAGGUGUUUAUUAAACAUUGCCCUUAAGGUACUGAGGAUCUACCGUACCUACCGCGAUGCAACAGGAGACCGGUUCCGAUGCAAGCCCGGACGUACACACAUACACACGCAUAGACGGAUGAAAGUGCGUGAUCACACAACAUCGUUCAGCCGAAGAUCGCGAUCUCGCGUUCGGCCAAGUCGGGUCCCGUGGAGUGAGAGCAGCGGUUUGGAGCUUUGCGUAUAAAGCCUAACGACCGAACAGGUUGCAGGUUUAGUUCGUGCUCCACUACCGAACCGAUCGGUGCCAGGGGUGACGCUGUGCAUCAGUGAUUUUUUCUAUUCGCUUGUGAUUGUUGUGUGUUAACAGUAGUAGCUUCGUAGAACUGAUUUCGUUUGCCCAAUACCGUUGGCACAGUGCACAAAGGAAAGCCUGAUUUGUGUCGCGAGAAGCUAAGGCUUAAGGUCGCAUAGCGUUAUGCGACGUUCAACGAUGUUCGCAUCGAAGAAGGACCCGGCGAUCCGGAUCCUGUCGACAUCGUCUUCGUCGCUGCUGGCAGUGUGCCUGGUGCUGAGUGUAGUGCUUGUACCAGCGGUGCAGUGUGAGGGCCACUACUCGAUCGUGGGUGCGAAACUGCUCCGGCCUAACUCCGAGUACCAUGUAGCGGUAACGAACCAGGAUGUGAGCGAACCGAUCCGUUUCAGCCUUGCCAUUACGGAUGCAAGCAGCGUGAUCGCCAAACAGGAGAUUACGCUGAACACCGGUGAAACGCGGCUCGUACCGUUCGCUAUUGGUGAUAUUUCCGAGUCGUCGUACAAGCUGGUCGCCGAAGGGUUAUCGGGCCUAACCUUUAAGAACGAAACCGAUUUGGAGUAUCAGCAGAAGAGCUUCUCGGUAUUUGUGCAAACGGACAAAUCCAUCUACAAGCCGGGCGAUACGGUGCGGUUCCGUGUGCUGGUACUCGACCCGAACACCAAACCCCUCCAGAAGGCGGACAACAUUAGCGUGCACAUUAACGACGCUAAAGCGAACCGCAUCAAGCAGUGGAAGGAGGGCAAGCUGGUGAAGGGUGUGUUCGAGUCGGAGCUGACCCUCUCGACCGCCCCGGUGCUGGGCGCGUGGACCAUCAACGUGGAAGUGCUGGGAUCGAAACACAACAAAGUUUUUGAGGUGGAUGAGUAUGUGUUGCCGAAGUUUGAGGUUACGGUUGAGUCGCCCGGCAUCACCACGUUCAAGGAUGGUAAGGUGAAGGCGAUCAUUCGCUCGAAGUACACGUACGGCAAGCCGGUGAAGGGUGAGGCAACCGUGUCGGUCAGUCCCGAGUUCCAGUUCCAUUACGUGCAGCCGUUCGCUAAGGAUGUGAUCACGCGCAAGGUGAUCCCGAUCGAUGGCAAGGGUUCGGUUGAGUUCGAUCUGCGCGAGGAUAUCCAUCUGGAGGGUGAUUACUCGCGUAACAUCGUCAUUGAGGCGGUGGUGGAGGAAGAGCUAACUGGACGGAAACAGAACGCCUCCGCCAAGGUGAUGAUCUACGAUCGUCGCUACAAGAUGGAGCUGGUAAAGUCGGACGAUAACUUCAAGCCUGGGCUGCCGUACACGGCGUGGCUGAAGGUGUCCUACCAGGAUGGUGCGCCAGUGCAGGACCAAACGAAUCCGGUCGAAGUAAAGCAGUCUUCGUUCGAAAGCACCACAUCGGUGCAGAACUACACGCUCGAUCAGAACGGUAUGGCAAAGCUAGAGAUCAACACCGAGGUGAACAGCUCGUACAUCAACGUGGUCGGUGUGUAUCUGGGCCAGGAGUUUUAUCUGCACGGCAUUUCGAAGGCCGAAUCGGACGUGGAUUCGUACAUUCGCGCUCAGGUGCUGACGGAGAUGCCGCUGGUCGGUAAGGAUGUGCUGGUGGAGGUGACCUCGACCAGCCCGAUGAAGUACUUCACCUACCAGCUGCUCGGACGAGGAGAUGUGCUGCUGAGUAAUACGAUCGCUGUGCCGGAAAGCAAAACGCAGUCGUUCAAAUUCCCCGCCACCUUUGCGAUGGUACCGAGGGCCAAGCUGGUUGUAUACUAUAUUGCCCCGAACGGGGAUAUGGUCAGCGACAGCAAGGUGAUCACCUUUGACAGUGAGCUGCAAAACUUUAUGAAAGUAAGCCUCUCGAAGGAGCAGUCGAAACCGGGUCAGGAUGUGGAGAUCAGCAUCAGCACCAAUCCGGACUCGUACGUCGGACUGCUCGGUGUCGAUCAGAGCGUGCUGCUGCUCAAGAGCGGUAACGAUAUUACCAAGCAGCAGGUGUUUAGCGAGCUGGAGAAGUACGAGGAGCGCUCGUACGGGUUCUAUCGCAGGAAGAAGCGUUUCGCAUGGAAUCCGCAUGCUGAACAUCGGGAUUUUAGUACCGUCGGUGCAUUUGUGAUGUCGAACGCGAAUGACCCUCCCCAAAAGCAUUAUUAUCUUGAAAACAUGUUCUUCCUGGGGUCGGCAGUGAGUGCAGGAAUCGAUGUAGCCAGGCCAGAAAUGAUCUCGUUUGAUCGCGCGUCUGAUGCGAUUCCUGCAAUGCCAGCUGAGGCUCCGGUAACCAUCCGGAGAGACUUUGUCGAAACGUGGCUCUGGCUGUCGAGUGUCAGCUUCAGUGGAGAGAAGACGCUGCAGAAGAAGGUCCCCGAUACGAUCACGUCCUGGAUCAUUACUGGCUUUUCGGUGAAUCCAAUCUACGGGCUGGGCCUUACGCAGCAGCCUCGCAAGCUGAACGUGUUCCUGCCAUUCUUCGUCUCAACGAACCUGCCGUACUCGGUCAAGCGGGGCGAGGUGGUCGCCAUUCCGAUCGUUGUGUUUAACUACAUGGAGGAUGAUCAGACGGCCGAAGUGGUGCUGCACAACGAUGAGCAGGAGUUUGAUUUUGCUGACGUGGAGAAUGAAGUUGUUGAGUCGAACAAAGUUGAACUGUUCCGUCAGAAGCGACUGGACAUUGCCUCAAACACCGGCAAAUCGGUCUCGUUCAUGGUGAAACCGAAGAAGCUUGGCCACAUCACGAUCAAGGUAACGGCGAAAACGAAGAUCGCCGGUGAUGCGGUUGAGCGUCAGCUGCUGGUCGAACCGGAAGGUCUGCCCCAGUUCAUCAACAAGGCCGCCUUUAUUGAUCUGCGCGCAGCACCAGAACUGACCAAGACGUUCGAGGUGGAAAUCCCCAAGAACGCUGUCCCAGACUCGACCCGCAUUGAGGUGGCCGUGAUUGGCGAUGUGAUGGGCUCGACCAUACAGAACCUGGACUCGCUGAUCCGCAUGCCGUACGGUUGCGGCGAGCAGAACAUGCUCAACUUUGUGCCGAACAUUGUCGUGCUGGACUACCUGAAGGCAACCAACAAGCUGACGGCCAACAUCGAGGCCAAGGCGAAGAAGUUCAUGGAGGCGGGCUAUCAGCGGGAGCUGAGCUACAAGCACCGUGACGGUUCGUUCAGUGCGUUCGGUGAGAACGAUAAGAGCGGCAGCACCUGGCUGACGGCGUUCGUUGCGCGAUCGUUCAAGCAGGCGGCCAAUCACAUCACGAUCGAUGAGGGCGUGAUCGACAAAUCGCUGGAAUGGUUGAGCGAUCAUCAGGCACCGAACGGUAGCUUCCCGGAGGUGGGUGUCGUAUCGCACAAGGACAUGCAGGGCGGAUCCGGCUCGGGUGUCGCCCUUACCGCGUACACACUGAUCGCUUUCCUGGAGAACAUUAACCUGGUGGAUAAGUACAAGAACACGAUCAACAAGGCGAUCGACUACGUGUACCGCAACACGGAAUCGCUGGACGAUACGUACGCGCUGGCACUGGCAGCGUACGCACUCCAGCUUGCCGAUCACUCGUCGAAGGGGCUCAUCCUGAGCAAGCUGGACACGAAGGCAACGACCGACAGUGAUUCGAAGUGGUGGCACAAACCGAUCCCCGAGACGGAACAGAAGAACCCGUGGUACAGCCGACCCAACUCGGUGAACGUCGAGAUGAGUGCGUACGGUAUGUUGGCCUUCCUGGAGGCUGGUCUCGACACGGACGCCCUGCCGAUCAUGAAGUGGCUGAUUGGGCAGCGUAACGACAAGGGUGGCUUCCAGUCGACGCAGGACACGGUCGUGGGGCUGCAGGCACUCGCCAAGCUGGCCGCCAAGAUCACAUCGCCCAACAAUGACGUCACGCUGACGGCAAAGAUCAAUGAAAAUCAGGAAAAGCGCAUGACGGUAAACGCGGAGAAUGGUAUGAUCCUGCAGAAGUUUGAGCUACCGUCGGCUGCCCGCAACAUCGAGAUUCAGGCCACGGGCAGCGGCUUUGCCGUGGUGCAGCUGUCCUACAAGUACAACAUGAACGUGACCGGCGAGUGGCCACGGUUUGUGCUCGAUCCGCAGGUGAACGCGAACACCAAUCCGGACUAUCUGCAUCUGUCGGUGUGUGCGAGCUUUGUACCGUCGGCCGGACAGAACGUGUCGAACAUGGCUGUGAUGGAGGUGGGCUUCCCGAGCGGGUUUACCGCGGACUCGGAUACGCUGCCGUCGUUGGAAAAUAUGCCAUUCAUUAAGAAAGUGGAAACUAAGGACGGUGACACGACGGUAGUGCUGUACUUCGACAGCUUGGAUCAGCGCGAGCUCUGUCCAACGAUCUCCGCCUUCCGGACGCACAAGGUAGCCAAGCAGAAGCCGGCACCGGUUGUAAUCUACGAUUAUUAUGACAAUUCUCGUAUCGCCCGUCAGUUCUACGACGGACCGAAGGCCUCCCUGUGCGACAUCUGCGAAAACGAGGACUGCGGCGAGGCGUGCAGCAUCCGAUCGCAGAAGCAACGCUCGUCGGACAGUCCCAGCCGCCAGCCGACGGUGGAAGGCACCAUGCAGAGCGGCAGUCAAACGGUGCGCGUCAGCUUUUUCACAUUCCUCCUGGCAACGCUGCUAGUGCGGAUGUUCCACUAGCGGUCGUGGCAGUGCUACGAGAUAAGAAUAACUUAGAAACCGCACCGACGAGCUCGCCGAUUUCGGAUUCGCGAUUGGGGUGGUUGUUACCAACGGUAAUGAUGGGAAGCAGGGAUGGUACAGUUGCUUUUUUUUUACUAGCAAAAAGACUGUCGAACGAGUGACGUGACUACAACAAAAAACACUACAAAAAAGAAGGCGAGAAAUAAAAGGAAAUGAAAUAAUCUUACUAAACA